AUGCCCUUGCGUGGACCCACGCAUGAGUGUCGACAAGCGGGGAUCGCAGCUGCCCUGGCUGCCGGCACGACCAUCGGCAAUGCAGCCCUCAAUGCAGGCCAUGGCAUCCGAGAGGCCGCAGACUUUGCGGCCACGGCGGCAUCCAAGGCGGCCUCAGACUUUGGCCUGGUCCCUGCCGAUGCCGCGGCAUUGGGCGGUCGAGCUGCGGGCAAACUGGUCUCAGACACGGCUGACCGAGUGCAGGCGGCUGACGCGGCUGCGGAGGCCGCUGGGACGUUUGCCACGCGUGUGGCCAUCGAUGCCGGGCUGACGCUGGAUCAGGUCGCAGAAGAGGCCACCAUCGCGGCGUGCGCUGCAGCUGAGGAGGCUGGCAGUACGCCACAGCAUGUGGCGGAGGUCAGCGCCAAAGCCGCAGGCAUCGCGGCAGGUGAAAUGGCAGCAGAUGCCGGCAACACGGCCAUGAAGAGUGCCGAGAUUGCCGCCAAGGCUGCAACUAAAGCCGCAGCGACCUCGGGGCUGCCUCCCUACCAGGCAGUGGAAGCCACAGCGACCGCUGCAGCGAGGUCUGCCAGCCGCGCAGCCAUCAAUGCAGGGCACCCCUACCUGAUCGUUGCCGAGGUGACACGGCAACUCAACACACAGCUCGUCUCAGCUUUGAAGGAUGCUGUUGAGGGCAAGGACGCAGUGAGCCUCAGUGAGCUCAAGGAUAUCUUCAGCCGCUCGAACAUCGACAUCCAUGAGGACACUCUGCGGCAGGUGUUCGAAGAGAUGGGUGUGGACCCGAACAAUCCCAUUAGUUUCCGGAGCUUCAUGGACGCUGUGGAGAAGGCGCACGGCAUUUUCAUGGAGGCAGGGCGUGCGGCUGCGACCGUGGCCGGCCGUGUCAUGGGCCAGGCAGCUGCAGAGUCUGGUGACGAUCCCGAGCAGGCUGGGGAGGUGGCUGCAAGCGCGGCUUCAUCUGCUGCCAAGACAUCGGGGCUCUCCCCACCCCAGGUUGCCGAAGUGGCCGUCACCGCUGCAGGAAACGCAGCUGCCAGCGCUGCCAUUGCUUCAGGCGCCACGCCCGAGCAGGUGGCACUGCAGUCGGGCCAGGAACUCCCGAAGACUUCAGGGCUUCUUUCUUUUACCAUCACUGGUGUCUCGAAUGCCAUCGCGCGGCUUACCGGCGGCUUACCCACCCACGCCGCACAUCCGAUGAGUCGCCCACUCCACCCACUCGAUGCUCCAGGCACAAGAGAUGAGGGUGAAUGGUGGGCAGCUUCGGACCGAAAGGUCGCCUCACAUCAUGCCAUCCUCAUCGGAACACCUGUGGUCCUUUGCUGGGCUUGUGACGGCCGCUGA